GUGUAUGACAGUUGACAGAUUUUUUUACUGACAAGGAAAGUUUUUUUAUGACACAUUCCAACCUACAUUUUAUUUUACUUUUAAAAAACUAAAAAACAAAUAAUAUACUCGAUUUUAUCCUAUUUUGAGACUAUUAUUAUGAAAUAAUUUAAGUAGAAUGGCACUUAAUACAAUUGGAAGGAUCUGGAUAGGUUCAUCUAAAUCAUUACUGUUUCAAAACGUUCAAAAAACGAAACAAUUCAAGCCGAUUAGGAAUUUUAGAAGGAAUAAGAAAAGCGUAGAAGUAAAAGAAGAGGCUAAAGUAAAUCCGGGUAGUUUAGAAACGCCAUUUAGUAAUGUUUAUGUAGGAUCAGCAGAUUUAAGCGUAAAUAAAUUAUGGAAACCCUUCCUAUUCACAGUUGGAUUUUCAGGUGCAACAUUUGUAGGAUGUGCAAUUUGGGAAUACGAAAACAUGAGAUCUCACGCAAUAUCUGCCUUAAAAAGACCAGUUAAGUUUUUUAAGAGAAAAACUGAAUUUGCUGUCGAAAGAUCGAAUGUUGUAGUAAAGGAAGUUAGAGCAUGGUGGAAUUCUUUAACCCCUGGACAAAGGGUUUUUGUCCCUAUAUGCGCCCUAAAUAUCCUAGUUUUUGCAGCUUGGAGGGUUCCAAGAUUACAACCCUUUAUGUUACACUAUUUUGCCUCAAAUCCUGCAAGUCCUAACCAGUGUAUACCGAUGAUUUUGUCAACUUUCAGUCAUUACUCGCUUUUUCAUUUGAUGGCUAACAUGUAUGUCCUUCAUAGCUUUAGUACAGGUGCUGUUCAUAGUUUAGGCAAAGAACAAUUCUUGGCGCUCUAUUUAAGCUCAGGAGUUAUAUCAAGUUUCACAAGUUAUCUUCAUAAAGUCCUUACAAAACAGCCUGGACUAUCAUUGGGGGCCUCAGGCUCAAUAAUGGCUGUGCUUGGGUAUGUUUGUACGGAAUACCCUGAUACAAGGCUAGGCAUCAUUUUAUUACCAUUCCUAACAUUUUCUGCGGGAACUGCCAUAAAAGUAAUUGUAGGUCUUGAUACAGCCGGUGCUAUACUGGGUUGGAGAUUUUUUGACCAUGCAGCUCAUUUAGGUGGAGUUCUUACAGGAAUUGGUUGGGCAUUAUGGGGCAACCAAAAUAUAUGGCCAAAAAGAGAACCGAUUUUAAAGUACUGGCACGAACUUAGGGGCUCAGUUAAAUAAAUCAUAACUCAUGUGUUUUUUAAAGCAGAUAAUAUAUUGUAAAUAAUUUACUGGAUACCUACAAAGAAAUGUAAUAAAAAACUUUUUAAUA